UUGUUAUUUUGUUUCUCCCACAAGUGUUUAUCUAAUUUUAUAAAAUAUAUAAAAUUAGAUCCAAAAAAUAUUCUAAUUAUGUAAUUGCUAUAUCGUUUAAUGUUUAGAUUAAAUAAAAAGUAUUCAAAUUGAUAAUAAUAUACAUAAUGAUUUUAUGAGUGAAAAUAAACAGUUUUGCUCUUGAGUUUUUAACAUAAAGAUGAAUAUUCUGAUUCCAAAAGAACAUGUAGUUUCCGAUGCUAGAAUAGCAUGGAAAGCGUUAAAUGGCAUAUUUGCUAUUUGCAAACCAUCCAUCGUGACAAACAUUAAUACACGAGAUACUAUAAUUUAUAAUCUAUGUAAAGACUUGAACAAUAUGUAUGUACGUCCACCGAUCAGGCAUGUAGAGAUUGAAGGUGAUACAACAAAGAAAAUGAGGAUAAUUAAAUUUCCCAGCUAUGCAGAUCAUCCAUUAGUAGUAGGACCAAGAUAUCAACCUAAAGAUUUUAAAUUAGUAUGCGCUAAUUAUCUACAUAAAGAUAUGUCAGGACUUAUGAUCUGUGGGGUGAACAGUGGUACUGGCUUGAUUCACAAACUGAAAGAUUCCAAGCUUCCGAUCAGUUAUAGAGUUAAAGGUAUCUUGGGACAAGCAACAGACACUUAUUUUAAAACUGGAAAAAUUGUUGAAAGAGCUACAUACAAAUUUAUAAGACGCAAUGCAAUUGACAAAAUAUGUGCUUCCAUGCAGGCUGUUCAUCAAAGAAAGAUGUUUGAAUUAUGUGGAUUAGAUAUGCAAAGUCAAGCUGCAUAUGAAUUGGCUGUACAAGGUCUAAUUAGACCUGCAGAUAAAAACAUCCCAAUGAUAUAUACUAUAAAAUGUACAGAUUUUACAUCCCCUGAAUUCACAUUAGAAAUUGUUUGUAUAAACGAAAGUGAUAUGUAUUUAAAAGCUAUAGUUCAUGACUUGGGAAUGCAGCUUCAUAGUGUUGCUACAUGCACUGAAAUGCAAUGCUUUCGAUAUGGAUUAUUCGAUCUGAAUAUUGCCUUACUAAAAAAACAUUGGAGUUUGCAAAAUAUUUUAGAUAACAUUCAAAUAUGUGACAGUAUACUUCAGCAAAAUAGUUAUUUAUUAAAACAAAACAGACCAAUAUUGGUGGAUCAAAGUAAUUUAACAAAAGUAAGUUAACAAAAUUUUUUUACACUGUAUAUGUAUAAUUUAAGUAUA